GUUUCCACUCAAAGAGUCUGUGGGCACUAAGGGCGGGAUUACACUUCCUACGUAGGCUCUCCAUAAAAGGAAUCUGCCCCUAGGCCUGUCGAAGAUGCUAACUGUUGAGACUGGCUGCUGAAUGCCUCAUAGUGAAUGUGUAACUGGCAGAAAAUCCUACACCUCUCAGCCAUGCUGUCUGUCUCUCAUUAACAAAGGCUCAACGCAAUACAAGUCUUACUGGCAGCAGAUAGAAUAGGCCGACACACUUCAACGAGUCUCAGGAUAUUUUAAUCGGCUCACCAACUUUUUGAUCUCUGUGUGAUGUUGCGUGUCCUCAAUCUCUGAGGAUAUAAAGUUGGCUGAAAGUUUUCUUAGUGGUGUGUAAAAGUGUGGAUGUGUAUAUUGUUUGUUCCGGAACCACAUGUCUUCAAUUGGAUAUCUAUAUCUCAUUCUGAUAUUCUUGUGCUGAAGAAGAGCAGGGUCACCUAUUAUGCAGAAGAAGUAUGCCUGCGUUAAGUAUGUACACUCACGGGUAACUGUGUAUUACACAAGUAAAAUCGAGCUUAAGUGGCGGAGAUCACUACAUAGUUGUGCCGUGUGUGAUGUUGCUCAGUUGAAGAAGUUGGGCCUACCCUGUGGAGCUAUACAUUAUGGGAUAUGUACAGCUGUUUCACUACCCUUCCCUCUCAGCCUUGUCAACUGUAAAAAAUCCACAGGCACACCAGCAAAGAAGCCGAUCCAAAGAGUUCAGCCCAAAGUCAUCUCACAGCCAGCUGUGUCCAAUGCGAAAGAAGACAGCCUGCAGAGCAUAUUACGAGAUGAACAUCCACGCGAGAAAGACACAGAGUCGAACAGCCGUCCAGUCAUUGUGCCCCACUCGACAGAGGACAAGGAGAAUAAGCCCAAGAGGCGUGACUUGCCAACACCAAGGACUAGUGUUCACAGUAGUGCCAAUAUUCCCAAAUUUUACUUCCCAAUGGGACGACCACCCAAAAUUGACACCACAGACUCUGUGUUACAGAAUGUCGCUCAGGAAUUCUCUAACUUGGAAGGUGGAAAAGCUUACAAGCAACAAAUGGGCCUUAUAGCAAAGGCUUGUGGUGUUCCAUUCUACUGGAAGUGCCCGCUGUUCCGAGGAUCAGGGGGAGAUAAGCAGGGAUAUAUUACCUACCAGAUGUUUGCCUCUAUGUGGAAGAAGUUGAUGGAGAGUUACCAUGAUGAGGCCUCACGGUUUGUCAAACUACUGGCAAAACCCAGCUGUAACUACCUUGAUGAAGACGACCUUGUGCCCCUUGUACAGGAUGUUGUAGAAUCUCACCCAGGUCUUAGUUUCCUCCAAGAAGCUCCAGAAUUCCAUUCUAGAUAUAUAAAUACGGUGAUAGCAAGAAUAUUCUUCAGUAUCAACCGGUUGUGGACAGGGCGGUUAACGGUGCCGGAGAUACGACAAAGUAAUCUACUUAGAACUUUAGCGUUACUUGAAGACGAGGAGGACAUCAACCAGAUAACGGAGUACUUCUCCUAUGAACAUUUCUAUGUGAUCUACUGUAAGUUCUGGGAGCUGGACAAGGACCAUGACUUGUUCAUAGACCGGGGAGAUCUGGCCAGACACAAUGAACAUGCGUUGUCAUCACGGGUGAUAGAAAGGAUAUUCUCAGGGGCAGUGACGCGGGGUGAGAACUUCAAGGUUGGUCGAAUGAGUUACCCAGAGUUUGUGUGGUUCUUGAUAGCGGAGGAAGACAAGAGAAACCCAACCAGUGUGGAGUACUGGUUCCGCUGCAUGGACCUGGAUGGGGAUGGUGUUAUCUCCAUGUAUGAGAUGGAGUACUUCUAUGAGGAACAGAUGCAGAAGAUGGAGGCAAUAGGAAUUGAGAAACUACCAUUUGAAGACUGUUUGUGUCAGAUGCUGGAUCUAGUUCGACCAAAACACAAAGAGCAGAUAACCCUGAGAGACCUCAAGUCUUGCAAGAUGACAAACAUUUUCUUUGACACAUUCUUCAACCUAGACAAGUUCCUGGAACAUGAGCAAAGAGAUCCGUUUGCUAAUGUGAGGGACCCUGAGACAGAUGGGCCGGAACCGUCAGACUGGGAGAAGUACGCUGCUGAGGAAUAUGAGAUUCUUGUAGCAGAGGAAGGGGCCAAUGAGCAAGAAGAAAUACAUUAUGAAGACGACUUUGAACCAGAGGAUGAUGACAGUCUUGGAGAGGAAAUAAUUCGUCUGGCUGAUGUACCACAACGUAAAACCUCACCGGUCGUUAGACAAAGCCCAGCAGAUGAUAUUUAUGAUUUUAGUACUAAAAACCUUGGAUAUUGACAGUCCAAGGGAGAUGACUCUUGUUUAUGGCAUACAUGAAGUCACAGCACAAUCAAAGGGGGGCAACUCAUCACUGAUCCUAGUCCAGUCAAUGUCACAAUGUUUGUAUUAUGAUGUGGAUACUUCUGGUCUAAAAUGCAUUUUCAGUGAUCUUUAUUUGUACAGAGAAUCAACAAUUUCUGCUUCAGAGAUCUAUAUUGAAGCAUGUGAUAAUCAAGGCAUACAUUGUCCCUGCAUGUAGAAUAAGAAUAUAUUGAUUGCACCACCUUUUAAAGGUGCACACAUGAUACACAGACGGUCCAUUGCUAUUCUGGAGAGAUUCCAGCUUUAUCCUUGCACAUUUAGCAAAAGAUUGGAAAGCUUUAACAAAUGUAGCAUAUUGUAGAUGGCAAGGACAGACCAUGACGGUGUCCUGAAUGUUUGCGGGUAUGGAAAUUAGCACUAGCUCGGACCUGUUUUGUUAAAGUUAAACCAAGGGCUAGGAGAAUUGCAAACAUUUUAGGGGAUGUUGCUUUACAUUAUCGUUGGUGGGUUAGUAGACAUUCUUGGUUAAUUUCCAUCCCUGUGUCUGUAUCCUAGUCUUACUGGAACACAAUGUAAAGGCAGUUUACUUGAGAACACACACACCCAUGAAUUAUGUGUAGGCACUAAUGUGAAAGAUAUGAAAGAUUUCACUGUUACCAUGUUAUGUUAUUUUGUAUGUAACGACUGAGUUAAGGCAAUCCAGAAAUCCGUCCCGUACAGAGGUGCUGCAAAACCUUGCUAUGAAGUGGGAGGCACCAGGGCUGCCUACAGACAGUAGUCCAGGAUGAUAACCUGUACCUGGUACAAGCUGGUUUGACAUGGAGUAUGUGUAAAUAUGUCAUAUUAGCCAGUAACCAGCAACUGAAGCAAUGUGAUAAUGUCAAGGGACAUAACUCAUGACAGAUUACUGUAACAAGACAUUCUAUUUGUUGGUAUUUGUGGAUGUUAGGUGACAAUUUAUUUUUGUUAGUUCUCAUUAUUUUAAGCUGGAGCAUUGUAGUUCUUUUGUUUGGGGUUCCUUUUUAUGUGAAGUAUACAGGCUUAGAUGUACCACAUUGUCACGGAUGUGAUGUAGGUACACUGCAAGCUGUGUGGACGAAUUGUGUCAGCACAUUGUUUGAAUAUCUGAAGAUACAGGUUUGAUUCUUGUUCUUUAAUCCCAUGAUGCUAUCCGCCUGUUGUCAUACUGUCACAAAUCAAAGAAGCUGUUUUUUCAUCUUGCAAUAGAGUUGUAAAACUAUUUGAAGCUGUAUUUUGUUCUCUCAAGAAUGUCCAUUUUAUAUCUUGUGUAAAAUAUUUCUUGAGUGGUGGCCAAUGUAUGGUUUACUUCCUUCCACACGAGGUAUUGUUGAGUAUAAGUGGGAAAUUGUUCUGUGGGCAUGUGGCAUGUCUCUACUGUGUUCUUUGAGUUAAUAUUCCAGUGUAGUGUAUAAAGUACACUCAGCAGGUGGAGAAUCAUUCCCUUGUUGGCAAGUUGUACAUGCUCCACACUUCAUAGAUUGUGAGAUGAAAUACACAUUACAUAUCUCCAACAGAAUAUGGUAAUCAACAAUGUCAUUGAAGACCUAGGUCACAGCAAUGCAUGCCAUCCCUUAGGCUGUUAGUCAUGUUAUAAAAAUAUUGUCAGUUAUAGCUUAUUCAUGUUCUUCAUUUAAUGUUCUGACUAGAAUCAUUGUGACGUCUUCCUCACAGACAAUAGUCAUCAAGACACCCCAAUGAUAUACUUUUUAAUCAUGAUGUAUGCUGCCAAGUUAAAAUUUACAUAUGGAAGAAUGAUAUGAGGUUACCCCCCGGUAGCCAGUGUUUGUCCACCACCAUCCUGGCCCACAGGGAUGAUAUGAGGUUAACCCCCGGUAGCCAGUGUUUGUCCACCACCGUCCUGGCCCACAAGGAUGAUAUGAGGUUAACCCCCGGUAGCCAGUGUUUAUCCACCACCGUCCUGGCCCACAGGGAUGAUAUAAAGUUACCCCCCAAUAGCCAGUGUUUGUCCACCACCGCCCUGGCCCACAGGGAUGAUAUGAGGUUAUCCCCCGGUAGCCAGUGUUUGUCCACCACCGUCCUGACCCACAGGGAUGAUAUGAGGUUAUGUCCCAGUAGCCAGUGUUUGUCCACCACCGUCCUGGCCCACAGGGAUAAUAUGAGGUUAUCCCCCUGUAGCCAGUGUUUGUCCACCACCGUCCUGGCCCACAGGGAUGAUAUGAGGUUAUGUCCCAGUUGCCAAUAUUAGCUGCAGUGCAGACUCCUCCAUCCCCCUGUAAGUGAGGAGUAUCAUCAUGAAGACCAGAAAUCAUUCAUAUCUCAGGGAGAGUGUGAUGUGGAGCAUGCCUUGUCUUGUGUCAUGUGUGUGUUGUAGUUCCUGCGUCAGGCCUUUGGUACAGCUGGUAAUGAAAAUAUAUUUACCCCUGACUGUUUCUGAUUUAAUUGCAUUGUGGAAUAUAUUGUUACUAAUAUUUCAAAGCAUUAAUUUUUAUUAGCAUAAUUGUUAUAGACAUUACAGAUUUGUUGUUUCAAGUUCUCUUUUUCUAAUGUGAUUUUCAAAAUCUGUUCAAAUAUUGGUGUACAGAUAUGGAUUAGUCUGUCAUUUAUCUAUGCAGAAUCCUCUCUUCAAAUUUGGAUGAAUGGCUUGAGUUUGCUUUGACUAAACUAUUUCUCAAUGUUCUUUUGUUUGCUAUGAGUAUUCAGCCAGCUGUAAUCAGAUAAGACAGUCGAAACGGUUAAAGUGGAUGUUUUGGUGGUACAGUUAAUGUCACAGCUGCUGACUGAGACACUUUCACAUGACAUUGUGGGGAUCGCCUCAUGUGUCUGGAGCAUGUUUACUUAUUACUUACUCUAAAGCUUUGACACAACCCCUCACUACGCAGUUUGUCUGUGGGUGCACCAGUUUUGCAGUGUCUAGUUCAGUGGGUCAAACAUAUAACACAUCAUCUACUUCAUAACAAUUAUUAAAUGUUUAUUCUGCUGCAUUCUAUGCUAAAUAUGGAGUUUGGCAAUAACGUUAGCUCAAAUUAUUAUGAAAAUGAUUUUAUUUGUUAAAAAAAAGUAUCUUUUAAAAAGUUAGCUUGUCUGAAGUGGUUUUUUAGCUCAACUUGUUCACAGAAAUCUCCAGAGCUAUGGCUUUUUUCAGCAGGUAGCACAUAUAGACAACAUGAUGCACAUAGAAAGUGGGAGGCAGGAGUAGAGGCUGGCAGCUUGUGGUUCACACUGAAGUGAAUGGUCAAUAUGUUCAAUAGCCAAGGAAUGAAUUCCCAGGUAUUAACUGUUCAGUAGCCAUCUGUUGUGGUUUCCAUAUUACACAUGGCUAAGUACAACAGCAGUUCCAAGAAAGGGGAGGUGCAUUGCAUCCAUUUAAAACCUGUUCAAGCUGACACAAAUACCUGUUUCGUGCUUGUUUAACUUUAACCAUUCAAGAGUAUUGUUUACAUGAAGUACAUCAGGUAUAAGUGUAUAUCCUUCCCUCAAGUAACACUGAAAGAUCUACAAACACUCAAUUUUGCUAUUGAUCACCAAGUUGUCAUGGAACACAUACAGUAUGUACUAAGCAGUAAGUAUACCUGUAACCAUGGUAACACUAGGAUCUUACAUAUUGCAUGAAUCAGUAGGAUGUUAUCAGCUUAUAGUAAGGGUGUUCACCUUGUAUAUAUUUUAUAGGGUCAACGAGUGCUGCAUUUAACAGUGUCAUAAUUUAUUGAAUGAAUGUGUAAUUGUCUUAUUAAUGUCAUGUGACAUGAUGCCAUACACAUUGUAUUUAUUGUCGCCAACAGAAUCAAUUCAUGUGUAGAUAUUCACCCAUUAAAUGGGAUAUACACAAA